UCGCCAGUGCAUUCUCUCUCCUCGCUCCGCUUAUCUCUCUCUCUCCUUCAUUUGGUUCUCCGUUUCCUUUCCGUGUGACCGAAAAAGCGGAAAUUAAAGAGAGGAGAAACAGAGGACGGAAUGGGAGAGAGUGCGCGUCUGCAUUUGGCGCCUUUAGCGUAAGAAAGCUGCGGAGUGGAGCAAGGGGGGAAGGAUUUAAGGUUGUGUGAAGAGGAGGAGAAGGGAUUGUUGAGCGGAGGAGGUGAUGAAGGUUUACGCGGCGGCGGGUUCGCCGUGGAAGCGGAGGUGGAGGGGGCCGACGGUGGCGGUUGGUUCACUCGUCUGCUUCUCGUUGCUCGUUCCGGUUGCCUUUUUACUCGGUUUCCACAACCGCUUUCCAUCGGGGUUUUUGGCUGAGGAUCGUCUGCCAUUGGAGAUCAGCUUUGGCAGCCAUGAACGAGUGGAAAGCGUUCAAGAAUCAUUCGAGGAUGCCUAUCCGAGAAUUGAUAAAGCAAUUGAGAAGUUUAGAGUUUCUCCAAUCAAGGGUAUUACUGAAAAAGAACCCACGAUGCCAGCUGAUUCAACUUUAUACACCAAUACCGAUGCUACUCGUUUGAGCAAACCUGUGCCUGUCUCGCAGCAAGGAGACACCACUUCUCAGUUUCAUCUUAAGAGCACUGUCUCUACUAUCUAUCCUCUCAAGAAAAAGGACUAUAAUUCUACUUCUAAAGCUAUGCAUACUCCCCAGAUAGCUAAAGCAGAGUUAAUUUCAUCUAUCCAUACCAAUAAACAUGGUGGAGAGAUCAGGAAGAGUCACUUGGAAUUGCCAGUUGUUGAUGGUGCCAAAAAAUCGUGCCAGCUAGAAUUUGGAAGCUAUUGCCUUUGGUCAACAGAACAUAAAGAAAUAAUGAAAGAUUCUGUGGUGAAGAGACUAAAAGAUCAACUUUUUGUAGCUAGAGCUUAUUAUCCAAGCAUUGCCAAACUUAAAGCACAUGAGAACUUGUCACGUGAACUUAAGCAAAAUAUUCAAGAUCACGAGAAAAUUCUGAGUGAUGCUAUUUCAGAUGCUGAUCUACCACCAUUGUAA